AUGCACGUAAUUGAUCUUGUUCAAUUGGUGGAUAAUGAUACAGGAUUUACUACAAACCUUAGAAAUGUUUUGGAAAUAUAUGUUUCUAAAUCUAGCAAUAGUAGUGGUGGAAAAAUCAAGAAAGAAAGGAUAAUUGAACAAGAAGACAUUCAAAUUUUAGAAAAAGUGCAAAAAGUUUCAUUAUUUUAA